CCGCAGCCGCACUAGCCAAGGCAGCCACCAGGUUCUUCCUUUUUCUUCUUCCUCUUCAUCGAUUCUUUCGUUUCUUCCUCGAUUCUUCUUCUUCACCUUCCUCUUUCUUCUUCUUUUUUACCGAUUCUUCUUCUUCUUCACCUCUUCUUCUGCCUGCUCUGCUCUUGCGCGACGGACGGCCAGAUUAAAAAAAAUAAUUAAAAACAAACAAUUAUGGCCGAACCGCCGGUUCAAACCGUCGGUGGUUCACGAUAUGGAAAACUACAAAUCGAAACUGAACCGGAAGAACUACGGUUUCGAUUCGGUUUGCAUCCGGUUUCGGUUCGAACCCGACGGUUCGGAACUGAAUGGGCAAGUCUUGAUGUAGUACUAUGUGCUUAUUGUCUUGAAAAGGAUUGCAACCAGGGUUGAAGAUUUUAAAGAGGGUUGAACUUCGAGUGUGAUCUUCCUAGUUAAAUUAUAUUUGAUUAAAGACACGUACAUUAUUGUCGAGUUGAUUCUACUGGCCGUGCUGAAUUCUGAAGCAUGGGCCUGGAAGGAGACGAAAUCCCUAUGGCCGAUGGAAGCCCUAGUGAUGAUUAUUCAGUUCCAAGUAAGACAGUAGAGUUUGAUGCAGUUGAACAUCCUCUCGAGUUGGAACAUCACUCAGAGGUGAAUCUGGGAGAUGGCGUUGAGCAGGAUGAAGAUGGAUAUGGCAGUGAUGAUUCAGAAAGUAAAGGGGAAGGGGAAGGAGAAGGAGAAGCAGAGUACAUGUUUCAAUUCCAGGGGGAUAUGGACCCCUUAUCGUUUGCAGAAGAACAAGAUGCACCUGGAUUGCUGCCAUACCAGCGAUUUGAGCGGUUACAUAACCAGUAUGAGGUCUUGGCUGCCAAGAAGCGGCCUGCCCUUCAACAGUGCAUUAGUGACCUGCCUGCUAAGAGGUUGAGAGUAGAGGAAGAUCUUGGUGCAACAUUUGAAGAAAUAAUGGAGACCAUGAAUUAUGGUUCGAGAAAAAAGUCAAGGAAGGCUAAUAAAAGAGGACGAAGAAAGGGAUCAAAGAGUAAAGUUAAUCCUGAAGUAUCUCAAAAACUUCGUGAUGCUAAACUUUCUUAUGCCUGCCUUCACUAUGAAGAAGCCAUUAAUGCGUUGAAGGAAGUUAUUCGUCUUGCCCCCAACCUCGUAGACCCAUACCGUACACUUGGUCUAAUUUAUAGUGAUAUGAAUGAUAAGAAAAAAGCCUUGAAUUGUUACAUUAUUGCGGCACAGCUAGCUCCUAAAGACGCUUCCUUGUGGAAACUUCUAUGCUCCUGGUCCAUAGAACAAGGUAACAAACGACAAGCAAACUACUGUCUCAAUAAAGCAAUAAUAGCUGAUCCAGAAGAUAUUGGUCUGCGGUCUCAUCGUGCUUCUCUUUAUGUUGAGCUUGGAGAGUAUCUUAAAGCUGCUGAGUCGUAUGAGCAAAUCUCUCGCCUCUGUCCAGAUGACAUUGAAAUUCUGAGAAACGCCACAAAGCUGUAUCAAAGAUGUGGGCAAUGUGAGCGAGCUGCUUGUAUGCUGGAGGGCAUUCUGAAGAAUCAUACAGAUGAUGCUAAUUUUUGCUUGGUUGAUCUCUUAGCUUCAGUGCUUCUGGAUAACAAAGCAUAUUCCAGAGCUCUUGAGCAUAUUGAGCGUGUUCAGCAUGAGUGCAAAAAUGGAAAAGAGAUUCCACCUAAUUUAAUGAUAAAGGCAGGAAUUUGUCAUGUUUUUCUCGGGAAUCUGAAGAAAGCAGAGGACUACUUCAGCCUCUUGAAAUCAGAGAACGCAUCUGCUCAUGAUCACUUAAUCAUGGAUGUUGCAGAUUCACUGAUGACUGUUGGGGAGUAUGAAUCUGCGUUAACAUACUAUCUGAUGAUAGUGGGAGAUGCACAUAAGUAUAAUGGCGAUCGACAUUUGAGAAUUGCAAGGUGUUGUGUUUCUCUGAAGAAAGUAGCAGAAGCUAUUGAAUAUUAUUACAAAGCUAUUGAACAGCUUGAUAAUACUAUUGAUGCCCGGUUGAUGUUAUCAUCUCUUCUUCUUGAAGUAAAUCGAGACAAUGAAGCUAUUUCUGUACUUUCUCCUCCAGUAGAGUCAGCUCCAGAGGCAGAAUCAAAUACCUGUAAUUUUUGGUGGCUUAGCGGAAAGAUAAAGUUGAAGCUUUCCUUAAUUUAUAAAGCCAAAGGGUUAUUCCAGGAUUUUGUAGAUGUUUUAUUUCCCAUUGUUCGUGAGACAUUGUUUCUCGAAACAGUCCGGAAAAAGGUUAAACCUCGUAAACGCCUAUCAAAAGGUGUUCUUUCAGAAAGGAUGAAAAUUUUGAAUGAUCAACAGAGUGACACUGUUUUUCAUAGAUUUAGGCCGGUGGCUUCAGCAGCAGAUCUUUCUAAAGCAUCCAGAGCAAAGAGGCUCCUCGAAAAGAAGGCUGCAGAAAAAGAAGCAAGAAGGGCCGCAGGAAUUGAUUGGGAAAGUGAUGAUUCAGAUGAUGAAUCUCCACGUGUACUGCGGGAGCCGCCUCUGCCAGAUCUUCUCAAAGAAGGGGGAGAUCAUUAUUUGAUUGUAGACUUAUGCAAAGCAUUAUCCACAUUGCGGAAGUAUUGGGAUGCACUGGAGAUAAUCAAUCUUAGCCUCAAAUUGGAAUGCAACACAUUGUCUGCUCAGGUUAAAGAAGAGCUUCGUACUCUUGGAGCUCAGAUGGCACAUAAUAUUAGUGAUCCUACACAUGGUUGGGAAUGUGUUCGUUACUUUGUUAGCCGGCACCCCUUCAGCUUCUCAGCCUGGAAUUGCUACUACAAAGGACUGUUGAGAAGUAAUCGAAUGACAAAACACAACAAGUUCCUCCAUAGCAUGAGAGCAAAGCACAAGGAUUGCGUACAACCAAUCCUUAUUUCUGGACAUCACUUCACAAUGAUCAGUCAGCAUCAGGCAGCUGCCCGCGAGUAUUUAGAAGCCUAUAAGCUGUUGCCAGACAGCCCCUUGAUAAAUCUCUGUGUUGGAACUGCCUUGAUAAACUUGGCACUCGGCCACAGACUUCCAAACAAGCAUCAGGCCAUACUACAAGGGCUUGCUUUUCUGCAUAACAAUGCUCGGCUUUGCGGGGACAGCCAGGAGUCAUUUUAUAACAUUGCUCGGGCUUGUCAUCAUGUCGGUCUGGUUUCUUUGGCCGUAACAUAUUAUGAAAAGGUUUUAGCGAUGCGGGAGAAGGAUUAUCCCAUCCCUGUGCUUCCCAACGAUAAUCCAGAUUAUGAAAUGGUGGAAAGGCCGGGAUACUGCGAUCUCCGACGAGAAGCUGCCUACAAUCUUCACUUGAUCUACAAGAGAAGUGGGGCAGUUGAUCUAGCUCGGCAGGUUUUGAAGGAUCAUGUUGUCCUAUGAUGCCAUGGAAAUGUCUUGAUGCCCAGAGACCCACAAUCUUGUGUGUUCUGUUGUUAUGUAGAUUAGAUUUGGUAAGUAAGUUUAAAGAUCUAUUUAUUGAAAAAUAGAUUGGUUAUUAUUAUUGUUAAUAUGAUUAUAUUAUAUAGAAUUAUUUAAUUUAUAGUACGAGUACUUAAUGUUAGAGGGUGGAUGAAAUAUAUAAACAUUUUUUGGUGCAACAA